UCUGGAGUUCACUUAGUCGCCUUUUAAAAACUAUGUUGGUGUAAUCACUUAUUUUAAUUCAGCAAAAUUGUAAAGAGUUGAUCCGAACCGUAAAGAUUCAUUUGGCCUUGUAAACGAUGCUGGAGCCCAGCCUGCGAAUGGACUUCCCCUUGGAAGUGGGGACGGCGGGGACCGAACGAAAAUCCGAGAAUCCUACCGUGGAUCAGUUAAUGCCAGAAAUCAACAGCGAGGAUCCCCAUCCUCUGCCAGCCGGUGUAGCGGAUCUCCAGCGUGAAAUAGAAGAUGUGAAGGCCCUUGUGCGAACUGAGCCGCAUGGCAACGACCUUCGCAUGCUCUUGUUCACGGUGGCGGCCAGCCAUGAUCGCUAUGAGAGCACGCUGGUCCCGUUGCCGCCGCAGUUCAGGGCCGUGGUCGGAUACGGUUGCCAGGUUAAGAAGUUACGGAGCGCCAUUGAAAAUAACUGGCCCGCCUGUCGGGUUAUACCGACCAUGUUCAAUAGCCCUGAGGAGCUGCAGGCCUUGGCUCCCGACGAUGUUGACGCCUGGCAUCUUCUUCAUUGGCUGCUGGUGCCGAAUGUCACUUACCCCUCGUUCCGCCGCCUCUCGAUCUUGAACCUGGGCCCCCUAUGUCGCAACUUGGGACUGGGCCAACCCACCGAAGAACCCCGCCAGCUGAUAGGCAUCAACUACGAAAUGAUAGAUCUUCACCAGUGGAAGUGGCGUCUACAAAAUGAUGAGCAGCGCAACUAUGCCUUCCUGGGAUUGCCCCUGGAAAAGGUGUAUCGUUUCCUGUACACAGGUCACCUGGACAUACCUCCAGGAGAGCCUAUACGCCUGCACCACCAAAUGGAGUUUGCUUUGCUCCUUUCCCAGCAGCAAGAGUUGCCAGCAGAGCAGGAGCAGCAGCAGGAACAGGAGCAGCAACAGGAGCAACAUUCGCAGCAGGGAGAAGAAAAGAAGAAGGAAGACCAAAAGCAAACGUUGUGCUGGAGCAAGUCCGUUCUGGCCAACACACAACAGCGGGCAAUUAUAAUUUGCGAGCUGCCCGCCGAGCUGGACAACUGGAUGAUCACCUCGCCGGAUAGGCAUUUCCUUGAGCUUCUGGUGCAGGAUUCAACAACCCUGAAGCCCUGCUAUCUGCUGAUGUUCGACGAACCGGUGGCCGCCAAGAUGAUGCAACAAUGGCCGGGCAAACCCAUAGAAAUGCAGCCUCUACCCGGUCGAUCGCUGAAGAAGGGGACUUCCCACAGAUUCUCGCAGAUGUCGAACUAUGUAUUCGGACGACUGGAUGCCCUUAAGCGGCUGCUCAAAGGAAGUAAUUCUACAGAGGCCACAAAUUAAUGGACAAGGACAACUUAUACACCCACUGAUCCCCAACUCCAAUUUCCGAUUCUCGUUUAGAUUUACAAAGACAGACUUUGAAUUUCCGUCACCGUUUGGUUAUAA